GUUUGUACGGAACAGUUCAUAUCUUAACAUUGAAAGUCGAACAACAGGCUUCAGCAUGUGGAAGUUAUUGAUUCUAAUCAUUUUUGUAGUAUUCUUCCACAAGGGAAUAGCCACCGGAAGUACAUCAUUGGCUCGCCAAAAUGAUAUGAGCGGUCCUGUAAGCCACAUUAUGGAAAACCUAGUGAUCCAUACCAAACAAGUGGCCGAUGAGCUUGGCUCGCAACUAUCCACAAAAAUCGAUGGCACCACUCAAACCAUUUUGGGUGACAUUGAGGUGAUAUUGGCCUCAGCCCUGGAGCAAUUGACUGAACCCAUUAUUGAAGCUCAGUCCAUAUUGUCACAUCCCGAGUGCCAACAGUUGCUAACCAUGGAAGAGUUACGUGAGCGCAUCGAUUCUCAAUUGAUGAUAUGCACCAAGGAUCUUAACGAUCUUCUGUUUGCCUUUCAAAAUGAUUCCGAUCAAUACACGAAAUCCUUGCAAAGUGGCGCCCAACAGAUAGUCGAUUUACCCAGCCAAUGUGAGGAGAAUGAUUACAGCUUUGGCAGCAUAACGGCCUGUUUUAUUGAGAAAAUCUCAGAGUUGAAUCAUGAUUUGGCUUUGUUAUUGAAUCGCGCUAGUAUGUCCAUAAUACAGACGCAUCAUCUGACCAAACAAAGCACAGAGGCAGCCUUGACCUGUGCCGAUCAUGUGGUGGCCCAAACUGUGGAGUACAUGGAUAAGAUUUUGACCCAGUGUCAGAAUAAUGUUAAGUAAGAUUUUUUGUCUUGACAUCAACAGAGAAUAAAAGUGAUAUCAAAUGUGAGGUUCA